AUAUAAACGACUAGCAUGUGCCGUGGCAGAAUGCACCAACAAACACGAUUCAUCCCAAGCUCUCUGUUGGUAUUUGCAAAUUCCAUCAUGCGAGUUCUUAGUUACAUGUCUUUUGUUGUAGCAUGUUAUUCUCUGUUACUAAACCAUUGCCAUUGUCUCAAUCUCGAAUUACUUAAUGUCUCCAAAAUUAAAAACGAGGAUGCACAAUGGCAAAAUGCAGCAGCCACAUGGUACGGACCACCAAACGGUGGUGGGACAGAUGGGGGUGCAUGUGGAUACGGUGCUGCUGUGGAGAAUCCUCCACUCUCUAAAAUGAUAUCAGCCGGUGGCCCUUCUCUUUUCAGGGGUGGAAGAGGUUGUGGGGCUUGUUAUGAGGUGAAAUGCAGAGAAAAUGGUGCAUGCUCAGGAAAUCCAGUGAGGGUAAUGAUAAGUGAUGAAUGCCCUGGCUGUAACUUACAAUCACUCCAUUUCGAUCUCAGUGGGACUGCCUUUGGUUCCAUGGCAACUCCAAACAAUGCAGAUAACCUUCGCAACGCUGGACAGAUUACUAUUCAGUACACAAGGGUUGCAUGCUCCUUUGGGAAAUCCAUGGCCUUUGCCAUCGAUGGUGGGUCCAACCCAUACUAUUUUGCUACCGAAAUUGAAUACGAAAAUGGGAAUGGUGACCUUGUGGACAUUGAGUUGAAGCAAGCAAAUUCUAACACGUGGCUUCCAAUGUUUCGUUCUCAGGGUUCAAGGUGGGCUUUGAACGUUGGUAAACUGUUGCAAGCACCAUUCUCUAUUAAGCUCACAGAGGAUUAUGGCAACAACAGAAACAAGACCAUUGUGGCUGAUACUGUUAUUCCAUAUGACUGGAAACCUGGCCAAGUUUAUCGAUCUCUCAUUAAUUUCUAAAGCAUGUUUAAGAUCAGCGAUCGACAAAACUUAUAAGCAGAACUAUUUGCAGUGUUAUAAACAUUCAUAUAUACACAGAAUAUUGUUCACCAACAUUUCUUAUAUGGAAUAAAAGAAAUAUAUUUUUUUUAA